CUGACACUCCUAUUGAACCAAAAAACAAAAAAAUAUAUUCAGUUCUAAAUAAUGAUACAAAAUUUAGUUAAGUAAUAAUGCUGUUGCCCUUAAAGAACUUUCAGCCUGUAGUAGAGGACGCCAACGUGAAUGUAACUCUCCUGAAGCGCCAGAUCGCCGAAGAUGGAACUAAAACACAGGCGCUGCUGCUUCAAGCGUUCCGCUUCGAGUUGCUUAAUGACGCCAAUGCGUAUCCGCUCCUCCAGGAUCAGCUCCAGCGCCAGCCAGUCGGUAGGAGUCGUUAAGCCAGGGAUAGGCGAACUAACCUCCCCUAUAAUCCCCAAUGCCAUUAAGAAACCCAAAAAAUCGAAAGGAUUCCUUUCGUUUUUGUUCCGCAAGAGGGAUAAUAAAAUAAAGAAACGUGAUCAAUUAAAUGUUAACCACAUGCCACUGGAGGAGCCGGAUGUCAGGAAGUUAAUUCGUCUAUACUGCAAACAUGACAGCCUGUAUAACCCAAAGAACCUUUACUAUGGCAACAAAGAGAUUGAUGAGGAUUGCUUCAAUGACAUGAUGCGAUCUUUUCCUGGCAGAAGCAGCUUGGAGCUAAGGUCCUGUAUUGAACAAUUAAGGAUUCUUUUCGAACGGGAAUAUACUAUUAUCGAAAAAGCACGGAGAAAUUACGGAGAAAAAUUAACCCCUUCGAUUCGGUACUACAACGAAUUCCUUUUCCUGGUGCCGCAUCUUUGUAUUGAUUUUGAUAAAGAUCUUCCAAGCAGUGGACCUAGUUUGCUGUCCACGGCAAAACUUCCCUCUACGGAUUUAAAAAACCAAAUGGCCACCACGGAAUUGCUGUGCCAUAAACUUACCAACUUUACUGGUUUUCCUUUGUCAGCUUUUCCCGGAAAUCUCAUGCUGAAAAGAUUAAAGAAAACUAACAAGAAUGGGGAAAAAAAGGAGGUGAAAACAGUGGAUCAGCAGGAAGAGGUCACAGAGCCGAGGAAUCAGGGGAAAGAAACUGGCAAUGGUCAAAAGAAUAACGAUAUUGAAAAGAUGAAAGAACAGAAUAACGAUAUAGAAAAGAUGAAAGAACAGAAUAACGAUAUGGAAAAGAUGAAAGAACAGAAUAACGAUAUGGAAAAGAUGAAGGAACAUGAUGAGCAAGAACUCAAAGAGGAAGAGGAUCAGGAAACGAAAGUUAAAUUUUCGCCUUCUUUGCAGCAGAAGUCUUUAAAAAGCAGUGAAGCUGAUAACAGUCAAAAUAAAUUAAGUUCCAAGAUCUCUACUCAAUCUUCGUACUAUGCCAAUGAGAAGGACUUAACAACCACCGACUUAUCCUCGCCAGAAAAUCGGGAAACAAUAUCACAAUCUAGUCAAAAACCUUCUGCCUGUCCCUGGCGACCGGAAAACUCGCCUUGUGUGCCGCAAUGUCAAGAAGCAGUAUCAAAAUCUUCUCAGAGCCCCUUACCAUGUGCACCUUGUGUGUCCGGAUAUAGGGCAGAACUCACAGAAUCCUCUCCAGAACCAGUUGUCAUGAUUGAAAAUAAGACCAUUAGCCAAUUUCAUAAUAAUCAACAGGUACAGAUGCUAUGCGAUAUGAUACGUACGGAACUAACUACUGCCCCGGAUUUCAUUUACUUCGAUGCCAAGUGGCGGAUUAUAGAGAUAUUGAGGGAAGUCCACAAGCGACAGCUGGUUCAUCAGAAAGCUAUACCACAACAUAAUAACAAACGACCGAUUCCGCCCCAAAAACGACUUUGUUUGGAACCGAAUCUUAUGACUAAAAAUCAAAAGUGCAAAUCGGAUAAAAACGGUCAGGAACAAGGACCCUCGAGAAUUUGUAACCACCACAAGUGCCAGUACUGCUGCCGACACAAUAACUGAUCUACAGCCAGAACCCAUCCACCGCUAUCAACAAUAACCCUGACCCACUUAGUCAACAGAUAAGCUUUUCGAGCAACAGAAACCACUUUCUUUCCGACGCAAAAUCAGUUACAUAUUGGAGUGCCAUGGAGCUGGACAAAUUGAUCAGUAGUUCCAAGCUGUGGUGCAGGAGGAACUCGUCAAUUACAGCCAGCGAAUGCAUCCUCAGUGGGUCACUGAUCUUCGGCCACUGCAAACCAACCAUGUCAAGGAGUAUCUUACA